CUCCACCACGGAAAGGACUUGCCUAUCGACCUCACUACAUUUCUAAGAGAAGGCGAAAAUCAAUUGGAAAUCAGUACGAUAAGGAAAUCCAAAGGAGCAGCAUUCGACUACGCUUUAGCAGUCGAGAUCGUAGGAGCAAUGACGCACGAGAAUAUCAAAUCGCGAUGCAUGGAGAAUCGACAGCCCGCUCCAACUGUGCUUAAUGCCAUCAAGACCAGCUUGGCGGGUCUGGAUGCUGAUGACGACCUAUGCAUCACGAGCAGUAGCAUUUCUAUCACCCUCUUCGAUCCGAUCAGCGCAUGUAAAAUCUUCGACAUACCUGUUCGUGGACGAGACUGCCAGCAUAAGGAUUGCUUCGAUCUAGAGACAUUUCUUCAGACCCGGAAGAGGAAACAGCCGACAUGGCCCGCUGUCGUCGAUAAUUGGCGAUGUCCGAUAUGCAAAGCAGACGUACGCCCAUCUAAUCUUUUCGUGGACGGCUUCAUGGAGGAAGUGCGCAAGACUCUGGCGGAAAAAACCCUCCUAGGCACGAGAGAAAUCAUCGUCGAUCAAGACGGUAGCUGGAAACCGAAGCCGGAGAAGAGAAACAAUAAUAGC